GUCCGCCUUCCGCCACCGGAUUGGCUGCACCGGGUGCUGAGGCUCCACCCAUUUUCCCGGGUCCUUUGAUCACGCGCCUCCUGGCUCUUCCGGGGCCAGCGAGCCAACCGAGGGCGUUCCUGUCCGGGCUGCAGCGGCGGGAGGUGCUGGCAGCCCAGUGCCCCAGGAGGUCAAGGCAGGAGCUGGAACCAACAUCUAACCUUUCCCCAGAAGUUGAAAUCGGCAAAUGUUUGGCCAGCACCUGAGCUGGGCCCCACCCUGAUUUGGGGAUAGGAGCUGGGCAGAAUUCAGGCCCUCCUUCAGCGCCUCUCCUAGUACUCUGCACCAGGAUUUGCUGAGUCGUUGGAGGGUUACACCCAGCACAUUGACCUACCUGAAGCAUCCUUCAUCCCAGUGCCUGACCUAAGUUUUCACACACCAGCGCUUGGGGAGGGGUCCAGAGCCUGGAUGUCACCCUGGGUGAAAUUGAUAACCUCCGUUCCUCCUCCCCAGGGAGCCCAGUGGAGGCGCCCUCCCGAGGCACCACUGCCCAUGCUGAGUACCCAGCCCUCCGGCUGCCGAUGUCAUGAGUAACACCACAGUGCCCAAUGCCCCCCAGGCCAACAGCGACUCCAUGGUGGGCUAUGUAUUGGGGCCUUUCUUCCUCAUCACCCUGGUCGGGGUGGUGGUGGCUGUGGUAAUGUACAUCCAGAAGAAAAAGCGAGUGGACCGGCUUCGCCAUCACCUGCUCCCCAUGUACAGCUACGACCCCGCCGAGGAGUUGCACGAGGCUGAGCAGGAGCUCCUCUCCGACAUCGGAGACCCCAAGGUGGUACAUGGCUGGCAGAGUGGCUACCAGCACAAGCGGAUGCCCCUGCUGGAUGUCAAGACGUGACCUAACCCUCUGGCCCCGAGCUUCAGAGCCAUGGGGUCCUGGAGUGUCCAGGGCCCUGCUGCCUGCUGCUUUCCCCUCCCACUUGCAUCCCACUCCCAGCUCCCCUGGCUGGGCACUAGGUCUCCAUUCCUUCUCCCAGCCUUCCUGGCAGCACCCGGCCCAUCACCUCACUCCCCGGCACUGACAGAACUUCUUCCUUUUUAGGGUGGAAGGGGGGCUGGGAGCAGGGGCUGAGCUUUGCCCUUUCCUUGGGCCCCAUCUUUCUUUAGCCCUCCCUGAAUUGGCUUUAGAGUCGUUUCCAUGGUGACAGGGCCUGAUGUAUAGUAUUCAGUAUAUUUUGUAAAUAAAACGUUUUGUGUCUA